AUGUCCAGACCGAAUUCAUAUGCAUCCCCCACCGACCCUUCGAGUUCCCAGCAGGCCUGGGACUCAAACCCUCCCACUUUCGCCGCCUUCUCUCCCACUUCAGCUUCUGGAUACUCAGCUACCUCGAAACAGAGAUCCACGGUCAUAGUCCACAAGAAAUCCCCGCUUCUGGUAGCGACUCCUCCUCAGAUCACUCGGGCCCUCGCACAUUCACAUCCGUUCCUGCUACCCUUGAAUAAGUUAAUGGGGCUUUUGUCUUGGAGCACACAAGAUCCAUGGGAAUCAUACCUGUUUGUUGCAGCGUUUUGGGCUGUUACACUUUAUGGCGGUGAGAUUAUUCGAUUCGCAAGUCCCAUCCUGGUGGUGGUGGCUCUUAUAUUAGGCAUGUAUGCAAGACGAUACUCUCCACUAUCGUCCACAUCCAAAACCGGUGAUAAACGACCUACCAAAAGCGACAAAUCUGAAUCACAAAAUUCCACCACUCCGCAUCAUAAAACCCUCGAUGAGAUUGUGGAUACCCUCCAGGAAUUCACAGCCCGUUGUAAUAUACUUCUCGAACCAUUCAUCAAAUUGACCGACUUUCUCUCCACCCAAACCACCCCUACGGCUGCCACCACUCGUCCCGCCUUGACCACCCUUUUCAUCCGAGUUCUGCUUGUAACACCCUUCUGGAUAUUCUUGACCUUACCACCCUUUUAUAUAUUGACUUCGCGAAGAGUCAUUCUGACAAUUGGCACCGUCAUACUGACCUGGCACUCGAGGCCUGCUCGUGUCUCACGGGUGAUUCUUUGGCGCUCCGUGUUGAUGCGUAAGGCUGCAGGCUUUGUGACCGGACUAGAUCUGGACGUAUCACCUAACACUGAGGGAGGCUCACUGCUUCGUGCGGCAUUGAGAUCGAGGAAAAAGUCACAAGCUGGUCUGGCUUCGGAAGUCGCCACGAAACGGCGACCAGAUUCAUCAGGCGUCCGUUUUACAUUCAUGGUCUACGAGAACCAGCGUCGCUGGCUAGGUUUGGGAUGGACCACUUCACUUUUUGCCUACGAACGCGGUCCGUGGACUGAUGAGCAACUUAAUACAGCCCCUUCAAAGGAUGAAUUCGAGUUGCCAUCCGUGGAGGGCGGAAUGGCCAGAUGGAGGUGGGUUGAUAAUACCGAAUGGCGAAUAGAGCAUGGCGAUGCGAAGCAACAUAAACGAACUGCAAGUCAGGCCAAAACAGGACCCGCUGGCACUUCAGGUAAAGACGGAGGUGAAGAUGGCGGAGGUUGGAUUUAUUACGACAACAAAUGGGACGAUGGCAAGAGAGAGGAUGGGUGGGGCAGAUAUACGCGACGAAGAAAAUGGUAUCGAGAUGCAGAACUGGUUGAAGCAACACCAAGUGCUAUUCCUAGCCCUGGUGAAACACCAACACAGCUCUCCGAUACUGAAGACGUCAAAAUCAGAAAGGCAAAAGAAUUCGGUAAAGGGGUGGGGAUGGAGGAGAAGCCAACACCAUCAUUACAACAAGUCGAGAAAGCUCUGCCAGAAAAGGCUAAACCAGAUGAUGAUGCGACGAGUAUCAACAAACCCAAGAAAACCGGAUGGUUCACAUCGAAGCGGGAGAGAAGCGACAGCAAGAGCAGCAGUGGGAAGAACACCGGCAAGUUUAGUACAACAAGCCAAAGAAGCCGUGAGGACCCUGAAGACGAUGUCCUAGAUAAAUACCGUGACAAUCCAGGGGGUCACCGGUCAUUCAGUGUUCAAGAAGAUGUUGCCAUGAGUCUAGGAUAG